CCCUGACUUCCUCUCUCCCAUCGGUUGCCCCUGCAUUGUCAUUCCUCUCUUGUUCUCACCUUCACCAUCUACACCUGUUGUCACCACAUUCAAGGAUGAGUGGACUCAAAUUGAAAGACAUUUUCAUUGAUCCAAGUGAUCUCAAACCUCGAGAUCUCGUUGUGCCCAACGCAUUCCCGCGUGAACAGGAUGUGUGGAUGCCCGACGGCACUCUCCUCCUUCUCCAUAUCACCGCUCCUGGUACCAAUGGUAGACCAAAGACCUAUGACUGGAGCUUCCGCUUUCAAUGCAGAAGGCACGGUCCUCCCAGACCCUUGGCGCUCAACCGACCAUCUGUUGGCACUGGAUGUCCUGUUGAGAUUCGGAUGAAAAAACCUGUCAGCAUGGAUGCAGUGCUUGUGGAUUACCGGCGGCAGCACAACCAUGACCUUUCGACCCAGACCUUGUCAAAUAUGCCCAUGGGUGCGAAUGAACGCAACUGGAUCAAGCUGAAGGUGGCGGAAGGUAGUGACUGGAGGGGGAUACGAGCUAUGCUGCGAAUGGACAAAAACUCGAUGUCAGAGAUCGAAGAGAAGAAAUCUGGCGGUAUUGUCCCUUCAGCACUUUGCCUAUCCUAUGAAGAUGUGAGAUAAACAGUAUAUCGUGAACGGAUAAAGAAAUCUCGGAAAUCAUUAAAUACAACGGCAAGCGUGCAAACCUGGAUCGAAGCUAUCAACGAAGACGGAGGUCAUGAGCGACAGCACUA